UCCCCCUCCUCCAGCCGCCUCGCUCGCUCGCUCUCUUCCCCGGCGCCCGAAGCAUGAACGAGCCCGGCGCGCCCGCGUCCCGGCGCUCCGUCGCGCCGGGAGCGGGCGGGGCGAUGGUCCAUGCGCUGCGGGAGUGGGUGGAGCAGGAGCUCGCGAGUGUCGGGGAGCGCCUCGCCAAGCACGAGGCGAGGCUGGGCGAGGUGGCCGCACUGGCACAGGGGGGCCAAGCGCCGGUCGGCCAGGCUUCCGGGAACGUCGCCAACACGGAGCUGCUCCAUAUGCUGGACGACAGGGUGCGGCUGAUCAGCAGCCUGGAGGAGCGCGUCAAGGCCAUGGAGGGCCAGUUCAAGGAGGUCGACGCCCAGCACGACCAGUUCUACAACGACCAGAUCGCGCUCCAGGAGCGCCUCGACACCCUCGAGCAGGGCGCGGAGUCGCUGGCAGCCCAGAGCCAGGAGCUCGAGAGGCGCCUGGCGGCGAUGCGGCCAGGUGGCCAAGAAGGUCGCUCCAGCAGCCCCGAAGCCCGGACGACGAAGACCAACAGCUCGCCCACGAAGGAUCUUGCGAACACAGAGCUGCUUCACAUGCUGGACGACCGGGUGCGCCUCAUCAGCUCUCUGGAGGAGAGGGCAAAGGAGGCCAAGCAGAGGCUCGACGACAACGACGCCCGCCACGACCAGGCGUACGACGAUCGGCUCGCGAUCCAGGAGCGCGCGGAGGCCCUCGAGGGCGAGACCGCCGCGCUGGCGGCGCGCAGCGAGCAGGCCGAGCGGCGCCUGGCGGCGCUGGAGGCGAAGGUCGCGGCCGCCCGGCCCGGGUCGCCGGGCGGGGGGAGGAUGGUCAAGUUCGCGUCGCAGGACGAGUGCGUGGCGCCCGGGGAGCAAUCCUCUCCAACCAGCGAGCCCUCCCUCGCGGCCAGGCUUCGAGCCAAGGAGGGCGCCGCCAUGGAGUCGCUGGAGCAGCGGGUGGAGGCGCUCGAGAAGCAGG